CUCCUCUCCCACCAGUGUCUGUCACCCUCCGGGUGCUCCACAUCAACGUCUUCCACAACGCCAGCUCCACGGACACGGAUAUGAGAGCCCUGCUGGGCGACCUAGAGACCAACUCCAUGGACUGCAGCACCUGCGAGAUCCGCUUCCUGCAGCCCUGGGUCGAGCAGGGCCUGACCCCGAAGCAGUGGCAGGACCUGGAGCUGCUGAUCCAUCGCUCCCUGUCCAACUUCAACCGGACUGUGAACACAAUAGCUCAGCAGCAGGGAAUGGGCUACCCCUUUGUUACCCAGGGCUCCCUCGUCUGCGAGCUGCACCCCAACGGCACCUCGAGGGGAUUCUAUGACACUGCGGUGAAUGGCGAGGACUUCAUCAGCUUCGACGCGGACACAGGGAAAUGGGUGGCUCGGCAGGGGGACAAGCUGGCGCUCUACGCCCGGGACCUUCUCAACCAGGAUAAGGGCACAGCCAGCAUGCUUCAGUUUCUCCUGAGAACAACGUGUGUCAAUCAGCUCAAGAGCUUUGUCCAGCAUGGGAACGAGUCUCUGGAGAGACAAG